CUUAAUUUAGACUUUCAGUUUGCCCUUGUUACCGUUACAUAAUGUGUACACUUAUUGAUGCAAAAAGAUAUUUUAAUGCAUACAUAAUGAAUUAAUUAAAUGUUUGAUACGCACAUAAUAUUUUGGUAAACACCGCGACCAUUACUUCUUACUUUAAUUAACAAAUAAGAUAAUAAUGUUUCGUUUCACUUUCAAUUGGAGUUGACCAGGGUUAUCUUGUUGCGGUUCGGACUGCAAAUUGAACUUGUCUGCAUCCAUCUGGAAAAAACAAUUCGCACUAUGACCGCUCCUCUAGUUACGUUAGUGCAAGGCUCCAGCCGAGGAAUAGGGCUGCAGUUUUGUAAGGCUUUGUUGUUAAGGAAACCGAACACAGUCGUCAUAGCAACGUGCAGAAGCCCUGAAGGAGCCAUGGAUCUCGAGGCGCUGCGAUCCCAAGAUCCUCACAGACUGCACGUGCUCAAAAUAGAUGUAACACAGGAGUCUCAUAUUGAGGCUGCAGCAAAUUACGUGGGGGACAAAUUUGGAAGACUUGACUUGCUCAUCAAUUGCUCUGGCAUGUUACACCCGAGUGGAAGAGGGGAGACCAGUCUCAAAGAUGUCACAAUGCAGGGUCUGGCAGAGACAUGUGCCACGAAUGCAUUCGGUCCGCUGUUGAUGGGGAAGCACUUUGGGAAACUGCUGCAGAAGGGGACUGGAGCCGGACAUCAGUCGCCGGAUGUGAAGCUGCAACACGCGGGCGUGCUUGCCAACAUAUCGGCCAAGACUGGCUCCAUAACGGCUAACGAUCUGGGAGGUUGGCAUAGCUACCGACUGGCAAAAGCGGCUCUCAAUAUGGCGACCCGAAAUUUGGCCAUCGAGCUGGGGAGGGGCAAGAACAGGGUGAUCUGCAUCUCGCUUCAUCCGGGAAACGUGGACACACAGCUGUCCAGACCUUAUCAUAAAAACAUGAAGGAUCUCAUGAGCACCGAGCAGUGUGUCGACAAGCUGAUGAAUGUUAUGGACGGCUUAAAUAUUGAAGACAGUGGGAAGUUUUAUAAUUAUGAAAAGGUCUUGCUGCCUUUCUAGAAUAAUGUUUCGAGUUUCUUCUCAGCUGUCGCUAUAAAUACAUUUUGUUUUCGUUACGGAUGACGUAGAAACCUACCUCGUGUCUCAUUAGUUUCACAUUUUAGCUCACCUAAGCACAACUAAAAUGAUUGGUUAGAGAUACUGGUAUAAGGGCGACAUCCGACCGACGUAUUCCGUGGACAAUUUGUGACUGGUAUUGCGAUGAAACAGCCAUUUUUAUCCAAAAUAUCGAAACUCGCAGUUUAGUAUUAUGACUUUAAAACCCCAGUUAUGAUGUUUGGAAAUUAUAAAUAUAGUUAUUGCCGUA